UUUUCAAGCAUAUUACACUGAAUCAUUGCCAUGGUAACCAAAAUUACCUAAAAUCUGAAGACAUGCCUAUAGGUGAUCAUUGACUUUCAGGUUAUCGGUAUGUAACAAAUGUUUUUAGCCAGUAUGCAGGCCCGUGAGAUGGCUAAAGAAAUCAAAUGCACUGAUGAUUGGGAUAUUAACAACAUAGAUAUUAUGAAACAACUGAUAUCUGAGAAAAUACAACAGCACCCUGAGAUCAAAGAUACAUUGCUCGAUACUGGUGAUACCUAUAUAGCAAUGGCCUCUUUUGAAACAACAUGGGGAAGUGGACUUGGCCAAAAACUAACAUGUACUACUGACCAGGAACAUUGGCCUGGCAAGAAUACAGUUGGCUCUUACUUGAUGGAAUUACGUUCCACACUGAAUGAUGAAAUAACUGAUAUCUCCUAUGCUCAAACUGAUGUCACAUUAGCUCCUGCUACCACACCUAAGCAUGAAGAAGUCUUUAGUGACGCUGUAGAGCAUCCUUCUCCAAUUAGAAAAGAAAGUACUCCACAACGGAUUAAAUCCAAACUCAGGAAGUUCAGACGUAAGAGGAGCCGUGAUUCACCUGAACCUACAUCACAUCCCCCAAAGAAACCAAAUCCACUGAAACAUUUUGAGACCAAAAUUGACAACAGUUAUUCCCCUCUCACUUAUGACAGUGACCCCUCAUAG